AUGUCAAUGGUUUGUCAAAAUUCACAUGCAUGUUGUGCUACCAUGCUUCCCUGUUUGUGCGAAUUGUAAAUAAUUUCAGCUAAAAUGGCUUGUAAAGUGCACAAAGUGAGAUAUUAUAAUCCAAAACCACACUCAAUAAAUUGUGUUUCAUAUAAUAAGUCCAACAAACAAGUAGCUGUAGCCAGGGAAGAUGCUUCAAUUGAAAUUUGGGAUCUUAGUUAUGCUCCUUACCUGUUGAAAUUCAUACCUGGUGUAGAAUCAGGUUCCGUGGAGGCACUAGGGUGGGUGAACGAGCGGCUAUUAUCAACCGGCCUCGGGGGUGCUCUAAUCGAGUGGGACCUCGACAAACUCACCCUAAAGAAAACAGUGUUAUUAACAGGCUAUGCCGCUUGGUGCCUAGAUGUGAACACAGCCAAUACUCUAGUGGCAGUUGGCACAGAACAGGGCUAUGUUAAUCUUUAUUCAGUAGAAAAUGAUGAUAUUGUGUAUCAAAGACUUUUUGACAAGCAAGAGGGAAGGAUAAUGUGCUGCAAGUUCGACAAAGCAGGAAAUGUUCUAGUAACAGGAUCAAUAGAUACAAUAAGAGUAUGGAAUGUGGCAACAGGCCAGGCCAUGACCCGCAUGUCAGCUCGGAGGCGGGGCAAGGAGACCAUUGUGUGGUGCCUCAGUGUGCUCAGCGACAACACUGUGGUGUCCGGAGAGAGCCAUGGACGACUGACAUUCUGGGACAUCACCACUGGUGACCAGAUAGAGUCAUACACUCCCCACAAGAUGGACAUUCUAUCAGUGGCAGUAUCUGAGGAUGAGGAAAAGUUGUACUGCAGUGGUGUGGACCCGACCCUCGUCGGCUUCAUCAAGGUGAAGAGCAGCAAGCAGAAGGGGCAGGGACAGUGGGCCAAGAAUGUGCAGAGGCAUAUUCAUGAACAUGAUGUCAGAGGCCUGGCGCUAAUCGGCGACAUCCUUCUCUCCGUGGGCGUGGACGGGUACAUGACGUUCUCCAGCUACCCGCCCAAGUGGGUGUCGCGCGCGCCGCCCAUGCCGCCGCCCGCGCGCAGCCACGCCAGCGCCGCCAGGAAACUGCUGCUGCUCAAGUACCACAACAGCCUAGACGUCUGGAAACUCGGCUCCUACGCCACAAACGAAGAAGGCAACGUAGUCAAGAGCCAAUUUUCCCUAAAACCCUCCACACCGAGCAAACCCAACAAGAACUUAGAACACGAUUCAGCUGUGGCCACAAUUAGCAAGGCCAAUGUUGGUAAAGUGAAAGGGCAGUCGCUGAAACUUACAGAGAAUACUAUGAAGCUGGUGACGAUCCAGACUAAAGGGAAGAAGCAGAUCACUUGCAGUUGUUUGUCGCCUGAUGGAGAGUUUAUAUUGUACGCUACAGACAGCUGUAUAAGGAUGUUGAAACUGGAAUCGGACGACGAAGCGAACACGACAUCUCUAUCCAAGGUGCUAGUGAGCGGUCUCCCAGCUGUGACCUGCGACCGCGCGGCGUUCUCACACGACUCGCAAUACGUGGCGCUGCACUGCACGGGGACCAUCUACAUACUGCAUGUGGAUGCUGAGGCGGGCGCUACGGUGGUGCAGACUAUUGCUACUGCUAAGUACCUAAAAGCGUCAACCCUCCUGCACCUGCAACUAUCACCACCAGCGCCAUCUGGCGACGUCUACCUAGUAGCAGCAGACACAGCGGGCGCGAUCGCUGUGUGGAAGAGAAAUAAGAAGAAGUACGAAGCAUACGCCUCGCUGCCCACGUACCAGUGUGUGCCGUCAGCGUUGACGAUCAAUCAUGAGGCGGAGACGGUGAUUGCGGUGUAUGUGGAUCAGAAGAUAGUGGAAUACGACCUGACCGCCAAGAAGUUCAACUCGUGGCCCGACACCAGCCUACCUCCAGAGUGGUACAGCCGGCGCUCGGCCGUGCGCGCCGUGCACCCGCAUCCCGUGAGGAAGCACGCACUCGUGUUUACUGAUGACACGUCCAUGUGGGUGUUGGAGCGGAACGCUGAGAAUGACGACGAGGAAGAUGAACCAGUGUCAAAAAAGAAAAUAGAAAACGGUGAAAGCCGCAACGCCUCAGUACGGGUUGUUCCUAUAAAGUACCUGUCAGACUUCCACUGGCUGGGUGACGACGAGGCGGUGAUCGUGGAGCAACUCCCUGAGAACAUCGUGGCUCUACUGCCGCCAGUCGUGCAGAUGAAGAGGCAACCCUACCUCAUGUGAACAUGUGUAGAGUUAUAAACAGUGGUGUGGUUGUGAAGCAAAGCAUUUUAAAAUAGGGCUGUCAAAACCGAUAAAAUAUACCGUUUUAA